UGAACUAAUAUUUUUUUGAAAGGGGGGAGGAGGGUGUCCUUUUUGCAAUCAGCGUUGGAGAGCAGCUGAGUGCUCCUCCUCAUUCAUCCUUAAAACCUGCUGCAGACGCACAGGGCCGCGCACCCGUUUACCUGCUGCCGAUAACCGAGCGAAGAUGUUCUGCAGACGGGCAUGGCAGAGAGUCGGGCCGCUGGCACGGAGGGCUUUCAAGCCCACAUCCACGAACGCAGCUCCAGUGCGACACAUGGCCUUUGGGGUUCCCGGUGGCUCCAGCAACAUGGCGUACUUUGUUCUGUGUGGAGGAGGCCUCACUGCUGCCGUCGUCUAUGCCUACAAGACAGUCAAUGGUGAUAGUGAGCGCUAUGAGGACAGACUUGCCAACAUGGGCUCCACAGCAAAGGCACCAGUGGCAGCUGCUCCCGCACCAGAAGCGGCAGAACCAGAGGCCGCUGCUGAACCCGCCCCAGUGGAGGAGGCAGCGCUGGCCACUGAGGUCGUCGCCGACUCUGUCCCUGCUCCUGCAGAACCAGUAGCAGAGACUGCUGCCGAACCAGCCGUCGAGGCCGCGCCUGAAGCAGCCGCUAUAGCCUCUGAGGUGGUCGUUACUGAGGCUGCAGCCGAGCCAGCGGUCGCAGAAGAAGCUGCUCCAGCUGUAGUUGUAGAGGAGGUUCCUGAAGCCGCCUCUGCCACGGAGGAGACGCCAGCAGAGGCCCCUGCAGCAGAGAGCGCUGGUACGGCAGCAGUAGAAGAAGUCGCCCCUGCAGCAGAGAGCGCUGGUACGGCAGCAGUAGAAGAAGUCGCCCCUGCUCCCCCCACUGAGGCAGAGCCAGUCUCUGCAGCUCCUGCUGCUGAGGCCACCCCUGCUGCAGAGGUGGCUUAUAUACUAUAUUUCAAUUCUCUCUCAGCCACUACUUCUUGUUGUCCUUCAGAGUCUUUGCCAGAUGUGCUCGGAGCUGUGAAGAUCUUGGGUGGCUCUACAGUUGAGAUUGCAGCAGCUUCUGUUGGUGAGACGAGUCUGGUGAAAGCUGUCCGGAAAAUAGAGGAAGAUGGAAAAGGUUUGGACUCCACUCUGGAGGUGGUAGAGCCGGAAGUCCUGGAAGCAACCAGAGAGGUGGUAGCGGAAGAAGCUGCUGAAGAGGCGGCUGUUGUAGUGAACGAAGAAGAGCUGAAGUCUGCAGAGGCUGGCGCUGAUGCAGAAGCUGCGGAGGUGAUUCAAGAAGAGGAGGAGGCAGCUGCACCUCUUCCUGAGGAAACUGCAACUUCAGCCCCGACAGUGGAGGAGGUGGGUGAGGUUGAGGCUGAAGAUCAGGCUCCGGUCCCUGGAGCUGCUCCAGAGCAGGCUGUCGCCUCUACAGAGGCCUCACCUGAAGAUGCUGCUCCCGACGAGGAAGCUACACCUGAGGAGGACACCACUGCUGAAGCUGCUCCAGUGGAUGAGACAGCACCUGCUGCUGAAGCAUCGGUGGAGGAGGCAGCAGCAGCUGAAGCUUCAGCAGAGGAGACAGUUGAAGCUGUGGCAACACACAGUGAAGCUGCAGCAGUUGUGGACGCGACUCAGCUGGCAGCAGCAGCCGCCGCCUCUGGGUUAGACCAGGAGGUCCUUUCAGCUGCUGAACCAGAACCUACAUCAGAGGCUCCAGUACAGGAGGCCAAGCACUGCCACUCCUGCCACUCUGCUCCAUCAGCAGCAGAGGGAGUGGCGCCACCUGCUGCUUUGGGAGGGCAGCUGGCCAGUGAGGGAGCUGAGGAUAUAACACGUGAGGCAGUGUCACUGGUGGAAGGACAAAAGCCAAAGGUGUCUAUCUGGACUGUAAAAAGCUGCUCAGUGAUGUAAUAGUACAGUUAAGAAGCCACAGAGACAAUGGUGGUGGUGACAGCCCAGUCAUGACAGUGUGCCUUCCACAACACUCGCUUAUCUGUCAACCAAGCAAGGACGACCGAUGAAAACAACACUAGGAGAACUAGCCACAUGUUUAACUAGCUAAUAUGUCCUUUUUGAAUGUUACCAGUUUUUUUUUUUUAGUUUUUUUUUUUUUAAUGUUCCCUUUCUGUUUCUGAUUUAAUCUUUUUAUUAGCAUUUGUGAAAUGAUUCCCAUUAUGUCUCUUGUCCUCUAGGUGCCACUAUUGCAAAGUUUUUCAUGACCAGUUGAAUGGAACAUUAGUUUCAACAUUAGGAGGCAGUGGUGUAUUUGUGUAAUGUUGUGAUAGAUUGCUUUUCAUAGAUAUUGCCUAAUUAGCCUAACAACACCUACAAACUGUACCAAGAUUUUUAAGUGGGGCUGCACGUAUGUUUUCUUCAAGCUGAUAACAGUAUAUGUCAUUUCUCCACUCAUAUCAGCUGAUAUAACAGCAUGAAGAUAUACAUUGUCAUUUUUGUUUAGUACAAAUGUAGGUGCAGACAUGACUAUCUUGAGGUAUGUAAGUGUUUUAAGACCAUUACACUUACUGUGUUGCUAAUUUGAAAGUGAUGCAUACCUAGAAGAAGACAUCACAAAAAUACCAGUGAAAAAUACUGCACCAAUGCUGAGAUUAGCUAUUAAAGCUGAUACCAAUAGUAUAUCCAUAUUUUGGUGCAUAUCUAUUUUUUUUUUAGUGUUAUUAUAUUUUACCUUCUACAACAAAAGAUUGAUAUAUUCUAUAUAGGUUCAAAAUAAUAGAAAUUGAUUUGUACCCUUUCAUUUAGAUGGAGCUAUUCAACAGGAACAUGCCUCCAGUUCUCUAAGAGUUGGAAAUGGAUGCUUUGUUUUAAAUAUAUUUGUAGUUGCACUGCAUAAAUGAUCAUAUGUUAACUAUAUAUUAUAUUAAUAUAUUAAAUAGUUAAUAUAGCCGUUUUUAUGUAAUUAAUUACGAUGUCUCUGUUGUCAUGAUGAUGUGCUCACAUAGACACUUUAAAUAAAGUGAUGCGUAAACAAUUAAA